CGACUUAUUUUGAAGUUUGAACGUUGAAUGUUCGCAAUUAUGCUCACAGUGCUAUAAAAACAUCUUGUUCAUUCCUUACCUCCCUGUUGGCCUCGUUCCCAAUGCAAGUUUGCGCUAGCGUCACGACGAGUGGAGCGGAAGAAGAACUCGUGGUUGCUGUCCAAGCCAAAAACACGCAUGAAAUUUCGUAUUCGAGUUGUUGAUAUAUAGGGGCAUUCGAGUGUACACCCCCAAUCCACAUUACUAUCUUUCAAUUACGAUGUUCCCAACAUCCGCGCCACCAGGCCUUGACGUGUCCUCCAAUUCUAUUCUCGGCUGUCAGAUUACUCUUUCUCCCGACCGCAUGGUUCUUGGUCAUCGACGGAAUCCAUCGACAGGAAGCCUGUACAGCGACGACAGCGACGACACUAUCGAUAUAAGCGACCUUGACGACGACGUCGGCGUCGGCCUUAUUGGAUUCCCACUACAGCGUAUGGCUCAGUAUAGUACAUUGCCGUCUGGAAACAGUCGGAGAGAGGACGAAGAAAAUGAAAGUGAAUAUGAAGACGAUGACGAGCUCACUGCGUUGUACAAUGCUUGUAUGGCUGCUCGGCUAGAGACCAAUCAGAACGCUGACGAUGGCAGGAGCGACUCGAGUGGUACUUCUAGUAUCGGCUGGGACGAUGUGGAUUUCGAACAACUCGUAGAUUCUCUUUCCGAACGGUAUACACGCGACGUUGGAGAAGUUUACGUCCAAUUACACCCCUCGUCGUACCCUGCUCUCUCUGCGCCCAUUACACUGCAUACACUAAGACUUUCUGCGAAUCCGAAUCCGUUAGAAACCUCUCCCUUUGAGGAUAGAGACGACAGUUUAAUCCUUUUACUCCUUCUCGCUCUCAACACUCCGGAACUCCGCUCAGACCCGUGGAAUCCCGUUCCCAGGAUCCUGAGAGCCGUUGAACGAGUUUGUGGAGAUGUAUCUUCUAAAGAAGGCGCUGGAUCUACAGUGUAUCUGUUUCACCCGCCCCUAGUCUCUCUUACGCAGCAGUCUCAGCUCAACUUAGACAAACAAGAAAACGGUACUUUGGCGCAAUGGUUAGACUUUUUCAGGCAGGUACUUGAAGGUCUAGCUUUCUUGCACGAAAACGGAGUUGUGUGGGGUGGGUUUGAUGCGAUUGAACCGCGUCCGUGCUCCACCGCAGCUCCUUCCCGUCCACCAGGUCUGGACUCGGGCGGAGUAAAUGAGCCUGAGAUGUUCAUGAUGGAUAUCUCUUCUGACCCUGGAGUGUUCACUUCUAGCCCUGGUACAGAAUGGAAUUUCGACCGCUCCCGAUAUCCAGUCAAAUAUUAUUUUACCAACUUUCGUAGAGCACGUCAAAUCUCUCCUCCUGUGAUUUCCACUCCCGCCCCGUCUCCUUCUUCCCCAUUUACCAAAGACGUUCAAUCUUGCGGAAAAUGGCUCGAGGCAGUAGUAAAUGACAUACAUCCAGUUUACGAAUCCCUCCUCCCCCUCACCCAAGCGAUGGUAAGUGGGACGUUCACUGCAGACGGCGCCCGGAAACUUUUCGAGGCUCGGGCGAGGAGCUUGAGCUUGAGUAGAGACAAGUCCCUGUGGGACGAUGAAGUUCCCAGUGUACGAUGGAAACCUAUGGUACAGCCUGGGAAGGAGUUUGGAGAAAAGUCAUACGUUAAACGGUCAAAGACAAUACAUGUCGCUCAGUCUCGUCCGGGUAUGGGGGUUUCACAUACACGGAUAACCGAAGCCAGUAGCACAACUAAACCUACUACACUUUCUACGAUGGAUCCACCGCCUCCUGCACAUAUUUCCCGUUCGAAAUCGAACCCAAUCCCAAUUCCGCAAGAAAAUUCUCGGAAAGAUGUUUUCGGUGACCUUAGUUUCGUCAAGAGUGUUGAACCUGGUGUUACAACUCCUGUCUCUCUUCUUAAUACAUUCUUUCCGGACGAGCCGGUCGCUCUGCGUUCCGCGAAGUCGAAGGAAUCGGAUUCAGAUAUUGGUUCGACCACGACGACAACGAAACUCAAUUCACCAGCGCCUUCGCGCCCUCUCAGUUUUCUCAACCCCAACCCUCAUACUCAUGCAAAAGUCCCACCUUCCCCUGUGUUCACCAUUCCCUCGCUGGUCACCUUCCCCUCCUGGUCCCCGUUACCAUCCUUGCCAGAGCUUUCAUCACAACAACAACCUGACCAGCAUUAUCAGCAUCAUCAACACCAACCACCAACCUCACUUCUUAGACGAAAAACUCUUGCAUUAGGGACAGGAUUAUUUUCUCGCAAGGCAUUGCAGUAUGCACCGUCACUAGGAGGUCCAGGAUCUUCGAGUUCGGUUGCAGCGGUUGUAGAUGAGGAAAGCGAUGUUGGGUUAUCUAGUAUGAGCACUUUGACACCUACCCUCCCUACACCGUUGAUGAAGAUUGGACGUUCGAUCUCAAUGCCUGUAUCUGGGUCUGGGACAUGGACGAACUCGCAAUCGUAG